AUGCCGCCCAAGAAGCCUGCUGGUAAUGUUGUCCAGGCCGAGGUUGCCUUGCAGCAAUCUUUGAAGAAUUGCCUCGUCAAUCUCCCAUCCUCGCUCGUCUCGGUUCUCGUGAAUGCGAACACAGUCGCCCAGAAUGUCGUCGUCGAGCUCACAUACCGCCAACCUCCACCACCGGGUGCUUCGGAUAACAGGAAUGCCGCGCCCAAGUCUAUCUUCGUGGGAUGGACGGGCAUGCAGAGCAAGCGCAGGAUUGCGCCUGUAGUUGGGCGAGACGGCUUGAGAGGCAGCCCAGCAGUCAGCCAACAAGACCUCCCAGCAGUAGAGGUGGAUGCCACAUUCGCCAGGUUGAUCGGGCUUCAAGAAGGGCAAAAGGUGGGCAUACUGCUACAUCUGGAUCCGCCUCAGGCGCAUACCAUCAACAUCGAGCCCUUGACCCCCGUAGACUGGGAGAUGAUAGAGCUGCAUGCUCAAUUCUUGGAAUUGAACUUCCUCUCUCAGAUACGCGCACUCCCCAACCCUCAGGCCGCAUCACCGCACCCCCUUACGCUGCAUCUGUCCCCUACAACGACCGCGAACAUUACCGUCACUUCCAUCGCUCCCGCGCCGCCCAACACAUCGCUCUUCGUCAAGAUCUCGCCCGACGCCGAAGUUAUCGUCGCGCCCAAGACGAGGCAAAAGGAAAGGAGCUCAAACCGGGAAAGCAGGAGUGUGGGCGCUGCAUCGAGGAAGAGCGGAAAGAGCUCUGCAAGCACAGUCCGGCGACGCAGUGGUCGCGAGGAUGCCGCAAGCAAAGGUGUCAUCUUCUUGCGUGGUGUUGAUCGUAGUGUGGCAAGGGAGUGGUUCGACGAAGAAGAAGAUACAGACGCCGAGGGCCUGAAGGUGUGGGUAGACAAGGACGUACUCCUCACUAAGGCCCUCCGAGGGGCCACUUGGGUCUCCAUCUCAAUCAUCAAGCCUGCAGGGCUACAAGAGCCGGUGGAUAUGUCCAAGGAGCAGGAACAGGAGAAGCCCGCAACGCGCGUAGUCGCCAAGAUUAUAGCAUGGGAAGACGCGCCCGACAGUAGGCACGUGGCGCUUUCAACCGACCUCUGCAAGGUCUUGGGCUUCGACAACUUUGUGGGUGGACUCGUUCGGAUCGAAGGCGCUCCAGCUCAGACUCCGAAGCCGCCGGCCAUCAAACCGCAAGGUACAAAAGAGUCGAGGGAACCGGUUGUCAAGUCUAUCAAGAUCAUACCCUUCUCCACCGCUGCGUCACAAGUCAAUGCUUCCUUGAAGUUUGGUGGCGAGUCUAAGCAAGACCAGGAGAACGCGAUACAGAAGAUCAAAACAACCUACGGAAAGAAGAACGGCCUUCUCGAUGGGCCGGUCACAGAUGGAAUGAUACUGCCUCCGGCCAACGACUCCGAGCUUGGCUGGCAAGGAGGUAUCGUGAGGUUCGAACCGCCAUCAUCCACAAGCGGAGUCUCAUGGGUGCUCUUCCCCGAGAGGAAGCCCCCGCUUGAACUAGGUCAAGAGGUGUCAACGCCAACAAGCUGGGCCAAGGGCUGGCAGCAGGGUGAUCCGCUUCCGCAAACACCCGCGAAUCUGGUUGGCAUAGAUCCUCUUAUCCAGCAACUACGAUCACAUCUAACACACAAUUCUUCGGUUCUGCUCACUGGUGGCCUGGGAGCAGGAAAGUCGGAAUGCGCUCAACUACUUGCCCAUCAACUUCGAACCGAAUAUCUCUUCAACACCAUCUACUUUCCCUGUCGCAAACUGGUAACGGAUGAGACGCGAGUUGCGACUAUCAAGGAGACCCUGAACAGAUUGUUUGCUUCGGCAUCAUGGGGCGCAAGAGGCGGUGGAAAUGCUGUGGUAAUUCUAGAUGAUUUGGACAAGCUAUGUCCAGUGGAGACCGAGCUCCAAGUUGGUAAUGAGAACGGGCGCAGUCGACAUGUCAGCGAGUGCCUAAUCAACAUCGUAAGGCAAUAUUGCUCUAUGGACUCUGGUGUGGUCUUGCUAGCAACUGCGCAAGGUAAAGAGGCCUUGAACAAUGUCAUCGUUGGCGGACAUAUCGUCCGCGAGAUUGUCAGUCUCAAGGCCCCCAGCAAAGACGGUAGAAGGAAGGUUCUCGAGAUGCUUGCGUUCAAGGAUGCCAAGAUAGAGCAGUCAAAGGAGCUCAAUGGCCAUGCCUUCCCACCAUCACCAUCGAACAGUCGGCCUAGUACCGCUCAUCGCAGUCAGCCUAGUAUCGACAGCAUACCACAACAACCGUCUGAUGAUUAUGCCUUCACCAUUGAUCCUACAAUCGACUUUCUCGACCUCGCCGGCCAGACAGACGGUUACAUGCCCGGCGAUCUCGUGUUACUCACAUCGCGCGCCCGCAACGAAGCAUUGAUUCGCUCAGUCACGUCGACAUCCCCAACUGUCUCUCUCACACGAGAGGACUACACUCAAGCCAUCACCGGCUUCACGCCCGCCUCUUUGCGAAACGUUACACUACAAUCCUCCACUACAAAAUGGGAUUCCAUCGGCGGUCUCCUCACAACACGACAGGUUCUCUUGGAAACUCUUCAAUAUCCUACAACCUACGCUCCCAUUUUCGCAAAAUGCCCACUACGUCUCCGAUCAGGUUUACUCCUGUAUGGCUACCCUGGAUGUGGCAAGACCCUACUCGCAUCUGCAGUAGCAGGCGAGUGCGGUCUAAACUUCAUCUCAGUCAAAGGACCAGAAAUUCUCAACAAGUACAUUGGUGCUUCUGAAAAGUCUGUCCGGGAUCUCUUUGAACGUGCAGAAGCAGCGCGACCCUGCGUUCUCUUCUUCGAUGAGUUCGACAGUAUCGCACCGAAGCGUGGACACGACUCAACGGGCGUAACAGACCGUGUCGUCAACCAACUCCUCACUCAAAUGGACGGAGCGGAAGGUCUUUCGGGCGUCUACGUCUUAGCUGCUACGUCGCGACCUGAUUUGAUCGAUCCUGCGCUCCUUCGCCCUGGUCGUCUUGACAAAUCUCUCUUAUGUGAUAUGCCAGACGUGGAAGAACGCAUCGACAUCCUGCGUGCCGUAACACGCAAACUACACCUCGCCCCCAGCCUUCUAGGUGACGGCCACGAAGGCGAGAAUCUCCGCGAAAUAGCAAUGAGAACAGAAGGCUAUUCGGGUGCAGAUCUCCAAGCCGUGGUAUAUAACGCGCAGCUAGAAGCCAUCCACGAUGUACUUGGCGACGUGGACCCUUCGAAAAUCGACCACAAGAAAGACGGAAACAACGCUACUGCAAGCAACAAGGGCAUUCCUGACUUUUCUUACUUCCGCUACGGCGACGAUCCUACAUCCACCCCCAACUCUUCCGCCCUAGCAACAUCCGCUCAACUCACCGAGCGCGCCAUGAUUGCUCAGAAAAUUGCUGCCCUGCAGGCUCUGCGCAAGAAACAGAAACAAAUCCAACGUUCUGAUGGAUCGGCGCAGAGGGAAGACGAAGAUAAAGCGAACAAGGAAGAAGAAGACGGUGAUGAAAGAAAGGAUCCGCAGAUUCAGUGGAAACACAUAGAGUCGUCUCUUUCUAGUGGACGAAGCAGUAUCUCGGCACAAGAGAGGAUGCGUCUUGAGAGGAUAUACAGGAGUUUGUUGAUGGCAGGGAUGGUGAUUUGCCAAAUGGACAGGGAGGAAAUGAGAUUGGGGGAGGAGUAG